CUCUCCUUGUCAUGACGUAGGCAUUCCCAUUCGCACUCCUGCUGCCGAGACCGGGGAGCUAGCGUGCGGCACCGUCCUUUAGUAGCAUUGACACCACGUGACGGACUGCUACAUUGUCAUCGGCUGUAGAGAGGACCGUUGCCAUCACUGGAUACAGACGACUCCGUUUUUUUAGAUCAACAAUGGUAAUGCGCCACCGCAGCAUGCGUGUCUUCAUGAACGAUGACCGCCAUGUCAUGGCAAAACACUCAAUCAUCUACCCGACCCAGGAGGAGCUGGAGAGCGUGCAGAACAUGGUGUCUCACACAGAGCGCGCCCUCAAGGCUGUCUCUGAUUGGCUGGAUAAGCAGGAGAAGGGGACUACCAAGUCUGACUCUGACAGCGCAGACACAGAUAAGGAAAGCGACCCCAAAGAUCAGGCCACGCGUUCUCUGCGAGGCGUGAUGAGGGUCGGUCUGGUGGCCAAAGGGCUGCUCCUGAAAGGAGACCUGGACCUGGAGCUGGUGCUCCUCUGUAAGGAAAAACCAACUAUCAAUCUGCUGAAGAAAGUGUCAGAAAACCUGGUGACACAGCUCAAGUCGACAGAAGAAAAAUAUGUGGUGACUCAGCACAUCCGUGAGGCCAGUAUCGUCAUAAAGAACACAAAAGAGCCCCCCCUCACCCUCACCAUCCACCUGACGUCCCCUGUGGUCCGAGAGGAGAUGGAGAAAGCUGCAUCCGGAGAAUCGCUUUCAGUCAUCGAUCCCCCGGAUGUUCUGGACAGGCAGAAAUGCCUAACUGCCUUGGCAUCUCUCCGCCACGCUAAGUGGUUCCAGGCCAGAGCUAACGGACUGCGCUCCUGCGUCAUCGUCAUCCGGAUCCUGAGGGACUUGUGUGCACGGGUCCCGACGUGGGCGCCGCUUCGUGGCUGGCCACUGGAGCUGAUCUGUGAGAAAGCCAUCGGCACGGGGAACCGGCCCAUGGGGGCAGGAGAAGCUCUCCGGAGAGUUUUAGAGUGCCUGGCGUCAGGAAUCCUCAUGCCAGAGGGUGCAGGAGUCUCUGAUCCAUGUGAGAAGGAGCCCACAGACGCCAUCGGUCACUUGGACCAGCAGCAGAGAGAAGACAUCACAGCGAGUGCACAGCAUGCCUUAAGGCUGUCGGCGUUCGGACAGCUUCACAAAGUGCUCGGGAUGGAUCCCCUCCCAUCAAAGAUGCCCAAAAAACCUCGCAGUGAGACUCCUAUUGAUUACACAGUUCAAAUCCCACCAAGUACAGCAUACGCUCCUCCGAUGAAGAGGCCCAUCGAGGAAGAGGAGGGAACCGAUGACAAGAGUCCAAACAAGAAAAAGAAAAAGCUGCAGAAAAAAUCUCCAGAGGAGAAGGCUGAACCUCCACAGGCCAUGAACGCUCUGAUGAGGCUCAACCAGCUGAAGCCCGGCCUCCAGUACAAACUGGUUUCUCAGACCGGACCAGUUCACGUUCCAGUCUUCACCAUGUCUGUAGAAGUGGACGGGAAGGCUUUUUAUGCUUCUGGUCCAUCAAAACGCACUGCCAAGCUGCAUGUAGCCGUCAAGGUCUUGCAGGACAUGGGUCUGCCAACGGGAGUGGAACUGAAGACGGCUGAGCCGGUGAAAUCAGAGGAGGCGGUUGUAGCUGCCACGGUGGAGGAAAUGAGGCCGGUAGCAACACCUGUUGACACGACCACUGCCGCCACAGGAACAGCCAACACAGACAGCACUAACGCUGAGACUGCCCGCCAACAAGGACCAAUCCUGACCAAACACGGCAAAAACCCGGUGAUGGAGCUGAACGAGAAACGCCGCGGCCUGAAGUACGAGCUUAUCUCAGAGACGGGCGGCAGCCACGACAAACGCUUCGUCAUGGAGGUGGAGAUCGACGGUCAGAAGUUCCAGGGGACCGGGUCCAAUAAGAAGGUGGCGAAGGCAUACGCUGCUCUGGCGGCUUUGGAGCGACUGUUUCCUGAAGGCUCUGUAGCCGAGGUGGCUAAGAAGAAGAAAGGUCCACCCAUGCAUCCUCCAGGCUUCGGCAUGAUGGGAGCGCCUGGAGUUGGAGAUGCAGCUCCACCACGGGGUAGAGGGAGAGGCGGCCGAGGUCGAGGAAGAGGUCGAGGCUUCAAUAACGGAGGAGGAUACGGCCAAGGAGGUGGAUUUGGGACGUAUGGAUAUGGAAACAGUCCUAACUCUGGAUACAAUUACUACAACAACGGCGGCACAAACGGAGGAGCGGGGGCGUCCAGCAGCCCCUCAGGGGGCCCCCCAGUCGGCCCGGCUCCAGGAUCAGCCCCAGGCUCGUACGGCUCGUAUUACCAGAACGACGGCUCCUACACUGCCACGCCCGCUGCCAAAAACGCCAAAAAGAAACCCCCCAUGCACAAGGGGGGGAAGGCACCAUUCCAAGGACCAAUGGGGGGAAAUGCUGGAUCUGCAGGGGGGUACCAGUCCAGCAGCCCCCAGAACCAGGGCUCCUAUAACCAAUACGGCCAAGGCUACGGGCAGGGGAAGAAGGGGUUCAACCAGAACCAGGGGGGGACGGGAGGAUACUCGUACAGCACAGCCUACCCCAGCCAGGUGACAGGGGGCUCUGGAGAAUACAGCUAUGAAGGCUUCAACAACCAGUCGAGUUACGGCUCCCAGGGCGGCGGAAGCGGAGGAAACCAGGGCUUUGGAAACAACCACUCUCAGUACCACAACCAGUCGGGCUACAGCCGAGGAGACGGCAACAUGAACUACCAGUACAGAUAGACUGACUGUAUGCAAGCUGUCCCCGUUAGCGUUAGCGUCUCCUCUCCAAAGAUGGCGGCCUGACUGUGCUCUCUGCCUUCUCCAUGUUGGUGAUUUUCAGUUUAACCGUGGGCACAAAGUGAGACGUGCGAGCGUCGGAGCUGACUCUAGUCGUCCGUUUCAGUGCUUCGUCUCGUGUUUUUAGGUUUCUUCUUAUUUUUGUUUUAAUUCUGCUUCUCGUCGGCAUCCUCGUCACUGAAUAUGAACGCUCCGUUUCCUUUUUUCUUACUAAGCGUCGUGUGGUGACAGACUUGAUUUCUCAUGUGGAUUUAGUCCCAGCUCGUAGUUUUGAACUACAGAGGUUGUUGUAUUUUUUGUAUCUAUUCAAUAGACCCGAGUAGUUUGUUCUUUUCUGCUCUGCCUGUAAUUUUGGCUUCUUUUGUAACCGUGUUAUAGUUAUUUUAAUAAAUGGUUUUUGAGAUUACUGGAAAAUUAA